AUGAUCGUCAAACCUGAAGCGGAUCAAAAUGACAGUUACUUCUGUCUGAACAGCGCUGCGCGGGGCGGAACUGGCGACAUGCAAAUAUACGUUAUUCUUGUGCAUAGGAGUGUUUAUGGAGGAAUAAGCGGAUAUCUGGAUGAUGAUUCCCAAGAUAGCCUACGAGUUGCAUUUCAGAUGGAGAACACCAGCCGCAUCACUGAGUGA